GCAGGGGAGCCGGGCUGCCGGGCGGGCGCGCUCUCGAGGGCGGCGGCCCAGGGUGUCCGGUCGGUCUCGGCGCUGGGAGAGGUGGAGGCGCGGCCCGUGGCGGCGGCGGUGGCGGCGGCGGCAGCUGGCGACCGGGCGCGAUAGACGGGGCCGGGGUCCGCGGCGCGCUCUCCGCCCACAGAAAUGAGCCGUCAGACUGCUACAGCAUUACCCACUGGCACCUCAAAGUGUCCGCCAUCCCAGAGGGUACCUGCCCUGACUGGCACAACUGCAUCCAACAAUGACUUGGCGAGUCUUUUUGAGUGUCCUGUCUGCUUUGACUAUGUGUUGCCACCCAUUCUUCAGUGUCAGAGUGGCCAUCUUGUUUGUAGCAACUGUCGCCCCAAACUCACAUGUUGUCCGACCUGCCGGGGCCCAUUGGGAUCCAUUCGCAACUUGGCUAUGGAGAAAGUGGCCAAUUCAGUACUUUUCCCUUGUAAAUAUGCCUCUUCUGGAUGUGAAAUAACUCUGCCGCACACAGAGAAGGCAGAGCAUGAGGAGCUCUGUGAGUUCAGGCCUUACUCCUGCCCCUGCCCUGGUGCUUCCUGUAAGUGGCAAGGCUCCUUGGAUGCUGUCAUGCCCCACCUGAUGCAUCAGCACAAGUCCAUUACAACCCUGCAAGGAGAAGACAUAGUUUUCCUUGCUACAGACAUUAACCUUCCUGGUGCUGUUGACUGGGUGAUGAUGCAGUCUUGUUUUGGCUUUCAUUUCAUGUUAGUCUUGGAGAAACAGGAAAAGUACGAUGGUCACCAGCAGUUCUUCGCAAUUGUACAGCUGAUAGGAACACGCAAGCAAGCUGAAAAUUUUGCUUAUCGACUUGAGCUAAAUGGUCAUAGGCGGCGAUUGACUUGGGAAGCGACUCCUCGAUCUAUUCAUGAGGGAAUUGCAACAGCCAUUAUGAAUAGUGACUGCCUAGUGUUUGAUACCAGCAUUGCACAGCUUUUUGCAGAAAAUGGCAAUUUAGGCAUCAAUGUAACUAUUUCCAUGUGUUGAAACGGCAAUCAAAUAUUUCUGGCCAGUGUUUAAAAUUUGCAUUUGACUUCACAGAGAAUAAGGCACCCAUCUGCUUGCCAACCUAAAACUCUCCUGGUAGGUAGAAGCUAGACACAUGAAGGUAAAUAAAAAGAAAGGCUGUUAAUACAGGAAACAGUUGCAUGUAGUAACACUAAUAUAUUUAAAAAUAAUUCAACAGUAAACCACUGAAAAAAAUAUAUAUACCCAAGAUGGGCAUCUUUUGUAUUAAGAAAGGAAACAUUGUAAAAUAUUUCUGAACUUUGUGUUUGUUGUAGAUCGAUUGUAUUGUUGACGACAAUUUUUUUUGGGGGGUGUGUGUGUGUGUCUGUGCACACAUGCGUGCACAUGUGUGGUUGGUUUUCCUUUAACUGACAAGCCAUCUGCGUGGUCAUAGACCACUGCUUUCCCCUUGUGAGUCAAUACAUAGUGCUGCUGUGUUUUUUGUUUUGUUGUUUUUUUUCUCCUUUUUUUUUGUGUGUGUAUUUGCUAAUUUUUAUUCUAGUUUUUCAUGAAAUAAAUUUGACUUUCUUUUCUGU